AUGUCCAAAGCUGAAAUUGCAAUACUAUGCAUUGCAAUUUUCCAAGGAUUUUGCAUCUUUCUUGGCAAUUUUUUCACUGUAUUUGUGUUUUGGAUUCAUCGACACAAAUUGAAGCGAGGUUCUUUUCUCCUUAUCAACUUGGCAGUUACAGAUCUUCUUGUUGGACUCACACAAAUUGCUAUGGUCGGAACGAUUGCCUUUCCACAUAUUACUGGUGUACGCAAAGUUAGCGACAGGUAUACGCCAGAUAUUUCAACUUGUUUUCAAGCUGCAUUUUCGACUGCAUCUGUGUUUUUUCUCGCUCUCAUUUCACUGGAACGAGCCUUCGCUUUGAUGUGGCCUCUUCGACAUCGCGCAACAAGCACCAGCACUUACAUCUACGGUGUUUUACUCGUAUGGACAGCUGCAAUAACAGUGGGUGUAUCCUGUUUGCUGGUUGUGCUCGGUAUCUUGAAAUAUAGAUUUUUCAUGGCUUUCUCGUCCGUUGUCAUCAUUUUAUGUUUGAUAACAGUUUCCCUGUCUUACUUAGCAAUCCGAACAAGAUUUGCUCAACAAAAUCCAGCUAUCGACAACGCACAUAACAGGCAGGAUGAUGAACGAAAUAAAAAGCUGUCCAGAACUUUGUUUAUUGUCAUAGGUGCGUCAGUUAUUUUCUGGUUUCCAGGCCUUGUAGUUUACUAUGUUUUUUCACUUUCUUCUGUCAUUUUCAUCUUCCUAUAUGGUACAAUGUUACAUGCAAACAAUUCUCUCGUGAACCCAAUUAUUUAUAGUUUAAGAAUGCCAGUGUUUAGAGAAACUGUUAAACGACUUAGAAAAAAAAGUUGA